GUUUCUCCAGCAGCCAGAGUUCUCCAGUCGUCUUGAACCAAGCACACUAAAAUGGCGUCGGCUCCGGCAGAUUACAGCACCUACAGCCAGACCACUGCACAGCAGGGGUAUGCUUCUUAUGCUGCCCAGCCCUCUCAGAGCUAUGGACAGUCUGCACAGCAGAGCUAUGGUCAACAGGGUUAUGGAUCAUAUGCCCAACCUGCGGCUGCUGAUGCCAGUUACACCCAGACAACCCCUGCCGCUGGAGGCUACACUCAGCAACAGCAGCAACAGUAUGGGUCUUCAUACGCCCAACCCGCAUCAGCUGGAUAUCCUGCUGCCCAGUCUACCACUCAUACCUACUCCCAGUCAACCCAGGGUUAUGGAGCCAGUGGUUAUGACAGUACUCCUGCUGCUGCAGCCCCAGCUGCCUCCCAGUCUUACGGCUCUCAGCCAGGGUACACUGCCCAGUCUGCCUACCCUGGUUAUGGCCAGCAGGCUGCUCCCACUGCACCACAGAGUUACAAUGCUAGCAGCCAGCCUGCCAGUUACAACCAAAGUAGCUACUCCCAGCCAGCAGCGUAUGGGCAGCAGCAGGCAGGCUACCAGGCCCAGCAGGCAAGCUAUGGCCAGCAGCAGGGCUACCAGCAGCAGACCCAGCAGCAGACCCAGCAGCAGCAGCAGGCUCCUCCUGCUUACCCUCCUCAGGCUUCUGGUUCCUACGGGCAGCCCCCAGCCAACCAGUACAGUCAGCAAGGUGGACCUCCAAGUUACAACCAGUCUAACCAUUACAAUAACUACAGACAGGAUGGCCAGAGUGGAGGUUCUGGUUACUCUGGUUCUGACUCUUCAAGGUACCCAGGGUCAGGGGAAAGGGGCCCUGGCAGGGAUGGCUUUGAUCGAGGUGGAAUGAUGCAUCGUGGGCGUGGAGGCAUGGGUCGUGGAGGCAUGGGCAGCGCUGGAGACAGAGGUGGCUUCAGUAAGCCCGGUGGACCAAUGAGUGACGAGCGUGAAAUGGGACGCCCUGAGGAGCAGGAUGACUCUGAGAACAGCACAAUCUACAUCACAGGACUGACUGAGAAGGCUAACCUGGAGGAGAUGGCCGAAUUCUUCAAACACGUCGGCCCAAUCAGGAUUAACCGCAGACUUGGCCAGCCUGCCAUCAACAUAUACACCGACAAGGACUCAGGGAAGCCCAAGGGAGACGCCACCCUGUCCUAUGAGGAGCCAAUCUGUGCCAAAGCAGCUGUGGAUCAUUUUGAUGGAAAGGAGUUCCAAGGCCGCAGGCUCAAAGUGUCCAUGGCACGCCGUAAGCCCAUGAUGGGUGGAAUGAGGGGUGGCAUGCCCAUGCGAGAUGGCAUGAUGGGUCGUGGAGGCAUGAUGGGUCGUGGAGGAGAGCGUGGUGGGUUCAUGCCACGUGGCGGUCCUCGUGGUAUGGGCCGAGGUGGACCCACAGGAGGAAACAUGCAGCAGAGAGCUGGGGACUGGGAGUGUCCAAACCCGGGUUGCGGCAACCAGAACUUUGCCUGGCGGAUGGAAUGUAACCAGUGCAAAGCACCCAAACCAGAGGGCAUGGGUGGUGGCCCUCCAUUCCCCCCCGGAGGUGACAGAGGCAGAGGUGGGAUGGGAAUGCGUGGAGGCCGAGGUAUGGACCGCGGAGGGCCGGCAGGAGCUGGAGGCCCAGGCGGCCCCGGAGGUUUCCGUGGAGGUUGGGGAGGCGACCGCGGUGGGUUCAGAGGACGAGGAGGAAUGGACAGGGGAGGCUUCCGUGGGGCGGGGCGUGGAGGACCGCCAAUGGACCGGAUGGGUGGCAGAGGAGGAAGAGGAAUGGGCCCACCAGGUGGCAAGAUGGAUAUGAGGGACCAUCGCCAGGAGCGCAGAGAGCGGCCCUACUGAAGAAAGACUUCUUGAGUUCCUCUUGUGGAAUUGGAUUUUUAAGAGAAGUUUUUUUUAUUUAUGAUUCCAUAUUUCAAUAAUUAUAGAGCUGCUUUCAUACAUCCUUCUGCAGUUAUCGACUCCACUUCAAGUUUCCACUUUUUUAUUUUUUAGAUCACCCAUGUUUAUGCCACAUAUUGUUCGGUUUGUUUUAGUUUUUUUUAAUAUGCCCUUUAGAUUUCACAUUGUGUUGUAAAAUGAUUUUUUUCAUUCGUCCUAAUUGCUUCUCUUUUCCCAUAACUGGCAAUUGUAUCGUGACAAAUUUGGGGAAUAAAAUUUUACCGAUUUCA